GUUCUGCUGGUGGUUCUGCUGGUGGUUCUGCUGCGCUGGAGGAAGUGCUGGCGGUUCGGCCAGCGGCUCGGCUGGCGGUGAUACCGGUGCUUCUGCUACAGGAUCUGGUUCAGCCGGUGGCUCUGCUACCGGUUCCCUUGGUGGUUCCGCUUCUGGUACUGCUGGUGGUUCUCUUGGAGGUUCCGCUGGAGGCUCAGCAGGUGGCUCCGCUUCUGGUACUGCUGGUGGUUCCGCUGGUGGCUCCGCGACUGGUUCUCUCGGAGGUUCGGCUACCGGCUCGGCUGGAGGAUCUGCGGGUGGCUCGGCAGGUGGUGACACUGGUGCCUCAGCUACUGGUUCUGGUUCUGGUUCUACUGGAGGUUCUGCCACAGGCUCUGUUGGCGGCUCUGGUAGUGUUGGAGGAAGCGCAGGUGGUUCCGCCGGAGGAUCUGCAGGUGGCUCGGCCGGCGGUGACACUGGUGCCUCUGCUACUGGCUCCGGCUCCGGCUCGACUGAAGGUUCCGGCUCUACUGGCGGUUCUGCUAGCGGCUCGGCCGGCGGCGACACGGGUGCCUCUGCUACUGGUUCCGGCUCCGGCUCGACCGAAGGUUCUGGCUCUGGCUCUGGUUCUGUUGGCGGCUCCGCCGCUGGAAGCGCAGGCGGCUCUGGCUCCAGCUCUGGCUCCAGCUCUGGCGGUAUCAGCAUUGGCGGCAGCGCUACUGGUACCGGCGGCGCCUCGGCCUCUGCCACUGCCUCCGCCAGUGCCGGUGCGAGCGCCUCUGCCGGUGCCUCUGCGACUGGUGGAUCGGGCUCUGACAACGGUGAGGACUGCGACGAGACCGGCGCUGAUGCGACUACCGGUGACAACGGCGAUGACUACGGUAAUGACGCUGGUGAGGGUGACAACUCGUCCGCGGGCGGUGAUGACUCCGAGGACUGCGACUGCGAUCAGUGA